GGCCACCUGUUGCACCCUGUGGACACUUCCCCUCUUGCAGCACUGAGGACAUGUGUCGCCUGCCAGUGGCUUCACUCUUCAUUUGCUUCUGGUUGGUGGAGAGAAGCCACUGUAACGGCAGCCUUCAGCACAGCAUGGGAGAGCUGCACAGCAGGUUCGCCGUCAGCCUCUACCAGACGCUCACAGAGACAGAGAACAACUCCAACCUGAUCGUGUCACCAGUGAGCGUCUCCGUGUCUCUGGGGCUGCUGCAGCUCGGUGCCCGGGGCAACACGCUGGCUCAGCUGGAGGGAACACUCGGGUACAACAUGAACGAUGCCCAGGUACAAGACUUCCUGUUGCAUUCACAGAGUGACAUAAGCAACACCAGCCAGGGGAUGUGGCUGCAGCAGACCUGCACAUUAUUCGUACAGAGCGGCGUCCAGCUCCUGACUGAGUUCACAAAACAUGCAGCAGCCUGGGCCAACACCAGCGUGGUCCGAGCCAACUUCAGCCAACCCAACCACACUCGCAGCCAGCUGGAGCGAGCGGGCAACAACCACGAUGAGACGUGGCACCUCCAGGCAGGAAGCAGCAGCGGGGAGCUGUCGGGCUCAGGGGAGGUCCAGGCAGAGGCCCUGUGGUGGGGCCACCGGCUGCAGAUGGCCCUGGUCAACACGGUGGCCUUUAGGGGCGUCUGGCAGAAACAGUUCCUGUUCACCAACACCCAGAACCUGCCCUUCGUCCUCUCUGAUGGGACUGCCAUCAAGGUGCCCAUGAUGUAUCAGGCUACAGAGGUCAGCUUUGGUCAGUUCAGGACGGCGUCAGAUCAGCGUUACACUGUGUUGGAGCUGCCGUACCUGGGACGCUCCCUGAGCCUGCAGGUGGUCCUGCCCAGCGAGAGGAAGACGCCGCUGUCCUCCCUCGAGUCCCAGCUCACCGCUCGUCAGCUGGCCUCCUGGGACACCGGCCUGCGCAGAACCAAGAUGGACAUUUUCCUACCCAGGUUCAGAAUGCAGAACAAGUUCAACCUGAGGUCAGUGCUUCCCGCCAUGGGCAUCAGUGACGCCUUUAACCCAACAGCAGCUGAUUUCACUGGAAUAUCAGUGGAGGAGAGUCUUUAUGUGUCUGAUGCCUUCCAUGAAGUGAGAAUAGAAGUCACAGAAGAUGGGACCAAGGCAGCUGCUGCUACAGCUAUGGUGCUACUCAAACGAUCCCGUGCUCCUGUUUUCAAGGCGGACCGGCCGUUCUUAUUUUUUCUACGGCAGAUUAACACAGGAUCCAUCUUGUUCAUGGGCCGAGUGAUGAACCCAGCAGACCAAGCACCCUAAGACUCAUGUACCCAAACACCUCUCACACACAUGCCCACACACACUCCUACCCCCGACCCCUAUUUCACUACUGGUAUUUAUUUGUGGACCAACAGGAGGGUCCACGGACACUUCCG